AUGGGGACAGUGACAGGUCCCCCCCAGGACCCCGACCCCAGGGGACACUACCAGUUCCGCAUCAUCGUGCUGGGGGACGCGGCCGUGGGGAGGUCCAUCACCAGGUCCUUCUACCGGAGCGCAGCGGGGGUGCUGCUGGUGUUCGACCUCACCAACCGGGCGUCCUUCGAGCACGUCCCCGAGUGGUACCGCGAAGCUGCCGGGGACCGGCCCCCCGCCUUCGUCCUGGUGGGACACAAGUGUGACCUGGCGGAUGUGUCUGUGACUCGCUCCUACUACCGCAACUCGGCCGGGGGGAUGCUGCUCUUCGACCUCACCAACCGCGCGUCCUUUGAGAGCGUCCGGCAGUGGCACCGGGAGGUGACGGACACGGUCCAGCCAUUCCGCAUCGUCUUCUUGCUGGUGGGGCACAAGAGCGACCUGGCCGGGCAGCGGCGGGUGGGCAGGAAGGAGGCAGAGAAGCUGGCUGCCUCGCUGGGGGCACAGUACAUUGAGACCUCGGCCAAGGAUGCCAGCAACGUUGUCCAGGCUUUCCAGAUGCUGACGCUGGCCAUCUACCAGGCACUGCAAACGGGGCGGCUGGCUCCCACCGAGGCGUGGGACGGGGUGAAGAGCAGCGUCCCGCUGCCGGCGCCGCUGAAGGCUCGGGCACUGGAGAGGGAAGAGAAGCGGAAGAGAUGCUCGUGCUAG